AUGCACUCUCUCUCUCUCACAAACACCUUCCUACGCUCACAUUCACUCUCUUCCUUCCCCAAACCGUUCACCUCAUCUUCUUUUCUUCUUCUUCUUCCUCCUCCCACUCUUCGCAGCUCUAAGAGGCUGCAAUCCUCAAUUUUCGCCACCUCUUCACCAAUCUCCCCAAAUGAAACGAAAUUCCCAAUGCAGGGACUCGCUCCUGCUUACAAGAAUUCCAACAAUUCGCUUGAAUCGCUUGCUCGUGUCUCCAAUUGGAAAUUCCCCUUAGCUCCAACUGCUAAUGCUGAUUUAUCCGUCAGGCUUCUCAAGUUUAUGAUGCUCUUCGGCUUCCUCACAUGCCAACACUCUUAUCCCGCACUUGCUGCUUCUGAAUUUUCCAAUGCUUUCAGUUCAUCUCCUAUACUUGGGGAUAUUGAUGACAUAAGCACAGGUUUUGCUUCAGCGUUUCUGCUAAUAUUUUUCUCUGAACUGGGAGAUAAGACCUUUUUCAUUGCAGCCCUGCUUGCAGCUAGGAAUACAGCUGGUGUUGUUUUUAUUGGGACAUUUGGCGCACUUGCGGCAAUGACUCUGAUAUCUGUUGUCCUCGGACGAACUUUCCAUUAUGUUGAUGAAAUCUUGCCAUUCAGGUUUGGAGAAACGGACUUACCUAUAGAUGAUAUUGCUGCUGUUUGCCUGUUGGUGUACUUUGGGGUCUCUACGCUGCUGGAUGCCUCAUCUAGUGAUGGCCAAAAAUCAGAUGAAGAGCAGAAGGAGGCAGAGCUAGCAGUUUCUGAAUUUUCUGGAAAUGGUGCUGGGAUACUAUCUGCUGCUAGCACAGUUGCCAGUACUUUUCUCUUAGUUUUUGUUGCCGAAUGGGGCGAUAAGUCAUUUUUCUCCACAAUUGCCCUUGCAGCAGCUUCUUCUCCCCUUGGAGUCAUAGCUGGAGCACUGGCCGGUCAUGGUGUUGCAACUUUGCUAGCUGUACUCGGGGGCUCUUUACUCGGGACGUAUUUGUCAGAGAAGGUUAUUGCCUACAUCGGAGGUGUUCUCUUUCUCGUCUUUGCUGCAGUAACCUUAUUUGAAAUUGUGCAUUAG